GGAGUUUGGAGCAAUCUCCUAGCACUUGUUUUUAUCGAAAAAAAUAUCAAGGUUUGUCCCUGCAGAAACAAAGCAGCCCGUUCGACGGGAUGUAGGAUUUUGAAAAGCCGCGUCAGCCGCUCCGGAAAAAUGGGCGUUCCGACGUGGAUUAUCGGUGUCGCGCUGCAGAAUGCGUCCUCCUUCACGUGCACUUUGGGACUGGUCGUCCAGAAGUGGGCGACGCAGCAGAAAGUAUUUCGGUCGUCGGUGUGGUCCUUCGGUUUCGUGCUUUUCAUGGGCGGCCAGCUGUUGAUGCCCGCCGCACUCACCAUGGCGCCGCAGUCGGUGCUGUCCUGUCUCACGCCGACCACGUUACUGUUCAAUUCGGUGCUAACGCCCUGCAUCUUGCGCGAAAAAUUCACCGCCUACCACACGGCGUCGAUUAUCUGUAUCUUCCUGGGUUGCUUCAUCACAGUACAGUUCGGUAUGCACCCGGACGAGGUCGAGGGUGGAAAUGAUCGUCAAAGCGGGAUUUCUUCUAGAACCCCCUCGUCAACAUCGACAUCAACUGCCACGUCAGAAGUAAACGGUCACUAUUCUCCGGCCACGGAUCCAACGCCCUUCCUCACCCUUCGCACGGUGCUGCACCUGGGAACGAGGCCGAUGUUUCUCGCACUGGUCGUGUUUUCUGCGCUGGUGGCACUGAGCGUCGCCAAGCCGGUGGUUGAGUGGCGCUGGAGCGGCGCGCCGACGAGUGCGCUAAAGAAGCGUGUCACACCCUUCCAGUUGAUCCUGUUGUCAACCAUUUUCGGGGCGGUCUCGGUGACCAACACAAAAGUUGUUUCCACACUCUUUGCGGACAACUACCUACUGGACGAGGGCAAAAUGAACCCGCAAGACGCCGCGUCUGCCAGGGGAGAUGCGGUCGUGGAGCAGCGCCGUCACGACCCACGCAGUGCAGUGGAUGCGGCUGGUCGUGGUGUUGACGCGGCGGCCAAGACCGCGGGCGGCGCUGCGUCGGCGAUCGCCUCGUCCUCGUCAAAUCCGGUUUUUUGGCUGUUCACCACCGAAACUGGACUGGCCUGCUUGAUCCUGAUUCUCUUCGGCAUCGCGGGAGUGGCCGUCGUGUCGAUUUCUCUUCUCAACUUAUCCAUGGUGCUGUUCAGUUCGCUGACAACGGUACUACGUGCUGGCCUCGUUGUUCCUGUGUCCUACUUGGGCUACUGGGUUUUUUAGUUUUAAUAGCACCUUCAUCAUACUUGUUUUCUAGUAGGUGCUAUACUUUUUAAAAACUUCGUUCCUGACGGCCGCCCUACUAGACGAUCAGUGCCUGCAUGUGCUUGUUGUCAAUCAGCUCACCCUAUUGAUUCACACCUCUCGAGCUUCAUCAAACAAAGAAACAAGCACAGGUCACGUUGAACUGCGCAUUGGGGCUGGUGAUGCAGUUGAUCUACGGUGCCGUCUUUUUCGAGGAGUACAAGCUGUACUCUUUUUCUGCCUUUUCCGCCACCGUCCUGGGCGUUUGUUGCUCUUUUCUGGGGCUCGGAUUUUUGUACUUGCACGGCAAGAAUGAGGAUAGCGCGGACCACGUGGACUUGCUCUCUUCCUCGCCCGGGAUGAAAAAUUUGGUGUCCGGAGGGUCCGCACUGCCGUCGCCAAGGAGUGGCGGCAGAGCGGACCUGCCCGGCUGCGGCGACGCUGCCAUUUUACAGGGCCGCGCGUACCAGGUUCUCGAGGAUGAUAGCAGCACGACAACCGGAAUUCUAGAGACUAACACGACCUCCAUCUCUGCUGGCUUCAGCAGCGGGGGAGCGUCAAGCAGUACUAGUGGCUCCUCGUCCUCAACCAUGGACCGGGGAGGCACGGGCUACGUAAUCGACCAAGUAGCGGGGGCGGUUCCGUCGCCGAACCGCGUGGAGUUUUAUCACAGCACACAAAGAAUGCGAAUAGCCUCACCGACAAGCAAAACUGUGAACGUGCCACGCCCAGGGAUUUCACGGUCGAGUGCCGGAUCACGGUCGAGUGCCGGAAACGAGUAGCCAGAGUGAGAAGUCACUGACACAAUAAGAAUGUCCGCUUUGCGAAGCAAAAGUCCUCAU